GUGCUAGCCGAAUUCGAAACUUUCCCGGGAGUUCGGCUGAGGUGUGAGGAGCUGUUUUCGUCUGGAGCGAGCUGAGGAAAAAAUCACGGACUUUCCCGCCAAUAACAGGUCUCCUGUCCUGCACCAUGUUCCCCACAUGUCACGGGAGGAACCUGCUCAACAAGGACGACACAGCGCCGCUGAGACGGCCCAGGAAAGCCGAGGCUGCCUCAACCAAGAAACCAAACAGUACAAAUUGUUCUGUGACAGUGAAGUCAGAAGAUUUGCCUUCUUCUAAUGCAAGGAAGACAGAGGGUAGCUCUGUCUACAUAGCAAGGAAUCUUGAUGAGGUGACACUUAGAAGGCCACGGUCAGCUUCAACCAAGAAUGGAAAUGAUAUAACUUGUGCUGUACCACAGAAAAUAGUAGAUGUGCCAGCUUGCACAUUGAGAAACACAGAGGGUGGCCCUGUCCAUGUGGCAAGGACACUUGAAGAGGUGACACUGAGAAGGCCCCGGAAAGCAGAGGCUGUUUCAAGUUCAACCAAGACAGCAAAUGAUACAACUUGUCUUGUACCACAGAAAAGAGAAGAUGUGCCUACCUCUAACGUGUGGAAGACAGAGAGUGCAUCUGUCUGUGGAGAAAGAAAAACGGAGGUGUCGUCUGCUCCUGUCUCUACAAAGACCAAUGCUGUGUCUUCCCCACCACAUGUCCCUGCACUACCACUCUGUGCUUCAGAAGAGGUUUCCGGCCCUGACCAUGCUACCCUGCUAUUACUGCGGGAGCUCCUGUCCAGAGUGCAGUACUCAGCUGACGAUGAGGAGGCACAGGAACACAUCCAUAACCUGUACCGCCAUCUCAAGGUGUACGGGAAGAUGCUGGAUGGCAGCUGUAAAGGUGAGUUGGACUCAGUGUUUGUGGUUCUACGGGACCUGGGGCGGGACUCAGGGCUGGCGUACCUCUCACGCCUGCUGCUCCUGGAGCUGAUAGAGCUGCGCGCUGCCCGCUGGGACACCUCACCACACCUGCACAGCUACUACGCAGGGAAAUUGGAGAAGUUUCCCGAGAUAAAGAUGCUGACACCUUCCAACACUCCAUCAGCUGUAGCAUCUGUGCUCUCAUGCCUGACCACUCCUAAAGGCUUCUCUCCCCGAGGUCCUGUGGUGGAAAAUAAGAAGGAAGAGACAAAGAGGAGAACAUGUCAGGAAACCAUCACUGUCUGUGAGAGUCUGGCUGCCAAAGUAUUUGAGUCAACUGAGAAGAUCAGAAGACUGGAGCAGAGGUGUAGAGCUAACCUAGAGUGCUAUCCUGAUGCUGAGGGUGAAGACUGCCUGGUGAGAAUCACUGCAGAAAGUCAGGAUGUUAUCAACCAUGCAGUGGGUGUGAUAGAGGAAGCCAUUGCAGAGGUGGAGCUUCAGGAGAGACAGAGAAGACGGCCGCCCCAAGCAGAUGUGUGGCACAGACCACGCGGAAGGGACAUGGAGUCAGCAGACAGCUGGGGAACACUCCAGUACUCCAGCUAUCAGGACAAGAUCGCUGCCAGGGCCAGAUAUAAUGGGGGGACUCAGAUGGGGAAUGGAACACAAGUGUCUCCUGCUUCCCUUGAAGAAAAAAGCACCUAUCAAAAGCCAGUGAAAGAAGAGACAACAACGCUUGUGUUCAGCAGCAGACAGCAUCAGAACAUCCUCCCUGCCAGACCUGUACCUGAGUCUGUACCUGUCAUCACUCCCACAGUCACACAUGUGCAGGAUGACUUGGACUGGGAUGAUGUUGAUGACAACUCGGAGCUGUUUGUGUGGAAAGCACACACGACCCUGGCCAGUGAGGUCAACAGGCUCGCCGCGGUGAAGGAACCAAACGUGGGGUUUGACCACCAAAAGGAGGUGCCCUGUGGAAAAAUCAAAACAAAGAAGACAAAGCAGAUUGCCCUGUCACCCACAGAGAAACAGAACAGCAGCUCUUGUAGCACGGUGGUACAUGAGGACAGAAUACCACCCAGUAUUGCGAAAGAUAUCUAUGACAACACAGUGAACACCCAUAAACUUGAUGAUGUAAACUCCUUUUCUGGUGGCACUGACCCAAUCCCAGAGGCAGUGGUUCAGAGAAGUGAAGCUUCACAAACCCUCAAGCAGAAAACUAACAGUGAAGUGGUCCACAAAGACAGAACUCCUUCCCUUGAAGCGAACAGUAGCCUUGCAGACAGUUUAAAACAUCAUGACAAUCUGAACUCUUCCAGUAGCCAACAAGGCAACACCUCCCAAUACACAACUCCACUGUCAAAUGGUGUAAAAGACAAUGAUGCAGAGAAGAAGACCAUUGAACCCAUGUGGGCUGGCUGGGUGGAUGAAAACACCAGAUCUCCCAUGGAGCUCUCAGAGACUGCCUUUUUCCCUGAGCACGUUCCCUCUGUGGAUGGCGAUGUGCAGAAUCGCCACACAGCUUCAACCGAGCACGAUCCCUCUCCCCUCAGUGAUUCCAGCGUUGCUAGCCUUGCAGAGAUGAUGAUGAUGAUGAGCCUUGCAGAGAAGGACCAGGAGGGUAUCAGUGAACACACGGCAAGCUCGGCAGAAGAUUGGAACGAAGAUGACAUCUACUACAGCGAUGAGGAUGACUUACUGGACGCCUUGUGUGAAAACUGCUGUCCUCUUGCACGUCUUGCCGCCUCUCCCGAGUCCCCAGAUGUGAUCGUUGAGGAGUUCUACAGCCCAAGGAGCAGUCACACAGGCCUGGUGACCAUCAGGGAGGAAAAAGACGAAGGUGCAGAGGACAACAACAACAGCAGCAACUGUGAGGACACUAUCAACAACAACAACAACAAAACCGAUGAGACAGAGGCAGUACAAGACAUCUGCAGCUGUAGCACUGUAGUAGAAGAUGGUUUGGAGGUCAAUAGCAGACGUUCUCCUGUGAGUCUGGGUAUUCAGGGCAUCAGUGAGAAGGCAGCAGUUGAUGUGACAUCUCCUAGCAGAAUGCAUGAGGAAAGGCAGUGUGUCAGAAGUACAAAGGCAAGCACUGCGGAGAAGCCAGGAUUCUCAUUGCUGGGUGCAUUUUCAGCUACCAGACCACAGUUCAAGCUGCCCAGGUUCCUGGUGAACACCAUCAGACAGCCCCUCAGCCCGCUGUACCACCAGACUGUCCUGGACAGGAGCACGGACGGCUGUUAUGGACAGGCUGGCAACAAGCACGUGGGGCAGCGGCGCUUUCUGUUCGCCAAGACUGCCAAACUCUACUACGACCACCACCCUGAUCAGAGCGAGGUGCAGCAGGAGGGUCCAGUGCAGUGGGAAGGUCCAGUGAAGAGGUACAGCCGUGACGUGCUUCUCAGGCUAUCUCACAGUCCAGCCUGCAGCAUCAAGCCGUCAGGGUUACCACCCUUACCAUGUGUGCAGUGAGAGACUACUGAAGCCGUCAGGGUUACCACCCCUACCAUGUGUGCAGUGAAAGACUACUGAAGCCGUCAGGGUUACCACCCUUACCAUGUGUGCAGUGAAAGACUACUAAAGCCAUCAGGGUUACCACCCUUACCAUGUGUGCAGUGAGAGACUUCUGAAAUACUGCCACCUACUUAACAAGUUGUUGCUGUGGCCUUUUCAGAACGUCGUGUCAUCUUUCAGAAGACCUGUGUGUUCCUGAUUAUUCUAGUUCCAUCAAUAACGCGGCUAAUAUUUUGCUCAGGGGUCGUGGUGGAUGGCUAAUCCUGACAGUAAGGCUUGUGCCCAUUCUAUCACCACUCCUCACAAAAGAUGAUCCAUUGCCCAAACCCUGCAAAACUGUGUUACAGGCGGCAAUAACUUGGAGAAAAAAAUCAAUGGAAGAUAUCGACUUCGCCAAACUCACAGGAUUGUUCAUCACAAUUAAGACUUAGUACAUUUUUCAGGUUAGAAGACAUCUCUUUGCACUUUUGUUACCUUUUACUUUGUUGUUCAUGGAUAAGACCAUAUAAUGCAGUUAACACGGAGGUCAGCAUGGAUGCUGUCCUGAUUUGCACAUGACUGUAUUCCCAAAGGCACUAUCUAUCGACCAAGUUUACAACGUAUGAUCUUGUGCAUUUACUAACUUUACUAUCUGUUACAUUGUCUGUUUUCUUUGUUGUGUGAGGGUUAUAUUAGAUUUGAAUACAUCUGGGAUGUAGUGGCUUAAUGGCAGUAUUCCCACAGUCACUAUCCACCGUCCAAGGUAGACAUCAAAUGAAGACCAACACUUCGUUACUAUUUGUUAUAAGUCUGUUUUCCUUGUUGUAGAUAUGAGGGUUAGAUAUAUAGGAUGUAAUGGCUUGAUGGCAGACUUCCAAAUGCCUCUGUCCUGUACUUUACAUUAUAAAUGCAGAGAUGUAAUGUGUGUAUGAACAUAGAGCCAAGAAAUUGAUUGUGUGUGACUUUGACACUUGGCCCUUUACGGCUGGCUUUGACCUCUGUUGCGCUGCUGGAGCAAUUUUCAGCCGAACCAUAAAAAUUCACACAGGCUGGAGGAAAAUUAGGAUCAACAGGUCAUACUUGGGUGGGGAUGUUUCGUGUCCCUCUAACCAAGUCAAGCCUCCUGUGUCAACCCUAAUCCUUAUUAAUGUCCUGGCAUUGACAGUAUCUGUAAGAUGUGGAUGUAUCUAGGUGAAUAUCAGCACUCUUGUCAUGCCCUUGGGAGUGUUGUGAUACAUCUGAAGAUUGUCUUGCCAGGAUUUGUGGCCGAUAGCGCGACCAGAUCCACAUUGCCUGACCAAUCUUAAGAAGAAUUGAAAUUGAUGCCAGGUCAUGGAAUCUCCUGGAAGGAUGAAAUCCCCAGUGAUGAAGGGGUCAGUUCAGGUGACCUACUCUACCUAUGGGGUAAAAAAGAAGAGCUAGGUAGUCAUACUGUGUCAAUGUGACCAUCUUGGUCUGGAUGCGUCAGAAAUGGCACUGUUGUAACCUCAAGUGAAGAUGACUGAUUUAGCUUUUCACAUUGUACAAAUAGAAUAGUUGCAAAGAGGAGCAACUAUAGGUCUGUAAAUGCCUGGCAGCCAUUUCAAGCAGAUAUGUGUAAAAAGAAGAGCGAUGUCAGGAAUCACGUUUAGAUACCGUCUUUAUUUUAUCCACAAAUAAAUAUAUUGAACCUCAUUCCUGAUAGUGUGUGUUAGAAUUGUACUAGUAGUUUAUGCUACCGUUGUUUGCUUAUGUCACUCAAAAGCAGAAGGAUGUACAGAUAGACUGCCUGCCAAAGAAGUUUGGUAAUUGUGCACAAAGUAUGGUGAGAGUGGAGAGGAAGCACUGUUGGUAAUAAUUUAUUCCUGCGGGCUCAGAGGUGUAAUAACCCUUACUAUACAAAGGAUAGACAUGGUGAAGAUGAAGGAGAUGUUUCAUUAUGAUGUAUUCAGCAAUGUGAGAUGCCAGUACUUUGAUGCUGGGCCAACAAGAACUUGUCUUCCAGGAUAUAUGCUGUAUGUAUGGAAAGACAGCUAUAGAUUCUGAAGUCUUCAGACUUAUUUUGUACAUACAACUGUUUGCACUAUAUGUUACAAGCUUAUUGUUACUUCUGUUGAUAUGUUGUUAUCUUAUUACCAGUCUUAUUACAUAGGAAGGAAAUAUCCAGAAAUAAGUGAUAUUAUAUACAUAUACUUACAUCAGAUCUGAGAGCCAUGAGAGCAAGGACUUUACAAUAUUAAUGAAUAUAGAGUACACUGCCAAA